AUGGCAUCUUUGCCUCCUCCCCCUCCUCCUCCAGGAUGGGGCGCAGCUCCCCCAUCUAUGCCACUGGCACCACCGCCUCCUGGCUAUGCCCCCACCGCCGACCCGAACGCCGCAAAAUUUGCGCAGAAGAAGCAUGAAUGGCUGCGCACGCAGCGCAGUCGAUUCGGCGAGAAGCGCAAAGGAGGAUUUGUCGAAACACAAAAGGCAGACAUGCCCCCGGAGCAUCUACGAAAGAUUGUGAAGGAUAUUGGCGAUGUCUCGCAGAAGAAGUUCACCAACGAGAAGCGCAGCUAUCUUGGCGCGUUAAAGUUUAUGCCCCAUGCGGUCCUGAAGCUCCUCGAAAAUAUGCCCAUGCCCUGGGAGUCAGCGAGGGAAGUGAAGGUACUCUACCACGUCAACGGAUGUUUGACUCUCGUCAACGAGACACCACGCGUUAUCGAGCCGGUCUUUCAUGCCCAGUGGGCUACCAUGUGGAUGUCCAUGCGUCGCGAGAAGUCUGACCGAAGGCAUUUCAAGCGCAUGCGCUUCCCUCCGUUUGAUGAUGAGGAACCCCCUCUUUCAUGGUCGGAAAAUAUUGAGGACGUCGAGCCUCUGGAGCCUAUCCAGAUGGAGCUGGACGAGGAGGAAGAUGCGGCGGUCUACGAAUGGUUCUACGACCAUAGGCCUUUACUGGAUACUCCCCACGUCAAUGGGCCAAGCUAUAAGAGCUGGAACCUGUCGUUGCCGCAGAUGGCUACUCUUCACCGUCUCAGCCACCAGCUCCUUAGCGACGUCGUUGAUGAAAACUAUCACCACAUGUUCGACCUCAACAGCUUCUUCACUGCAAAGGCUCUCAACGUGGCCAUCCCCGGUGGUCCCCGCUUCGAGCCUUUGUACAAGGAUAUCGACCCUAACGACGAGGACUUCAGCGAGUUCAACGCGAUCGACCGCAUUAUCUUCCGUGCCCCGAUCCGGACCGAAUACCGGGUCACCUUCCCCCACCUGUAUAAUACCCUUCCCCGCAGCGUGAAGAUCGCCUGGUACUCUCACCCCCAAGUGGUUUAUGUCCGCACCGAAGACCCCAACCUUCCCGCUUUUUACUUCGACCCUGUCAUUAAUCCGAUUUCCUCUCGCUCCGUCGCACCGAAGAACAUCACUGUCAGCCAUGAGGACGAGAUCUUUGGACCAGAUAAUGAGGAUGAUUUUGAGCUUCCUGGGGAGGUAGAGCCUUUCUUCGAUGAUGAAGAGCUCUACACUCAGGAUACCGCCUCUGCUAUUGCGCUUUGGUGGGCUCCUCACCCAUUCGAUAAGCGAUCCGGAAAGAUGGUUCGCGCUCAGGAUGUGCCGCUCGUGAAACAAUGGUACCUGGAGCACUGCCCGCAGGGCCAGCCCGUUAAGGUCCGCGUGUCCUACCAGAAGCUGCUGAAGACCUAUGUUCUCAACGAGUUGCACAAGAGCAAGUCGAAGGCCCAGAGCAAGCAGAAUCUGUUGAAGACUCUGAAGACAACCAAAUUCUUCCAGCAGACCACAAUCGACUGGGUCGAAGCGGGCCUGCAGGUCUGCCGUCAGGGUUUCAACAUGUUGAAUCUGUUAAUUCACCGAAAGAACUUGACCUAUCUGCAUCUAGACUAUAACUUUAACUUGAAGCCGGUCAAGACAUUGACAACCAAGGAGCGAAAGAAGUCCCGUUUCGGAAAUGCUUUCCACUUGAUGCGUGAAAUCUUGCGUCUUACUAAGUUGAUCGUUGACGCCCAGGUCCAAUAUCGCCUGGGUAACAUCGAUGCUUUCCAGUUGGCUGACGGUAUUCUGUACGCUUUCAACCAUGUCGGUCAGCUUACCGGUAUGUAUCGUUACAAGUACAAGCUUAUGCACCAGAUCCGUUCGUGUAAGGAUCUUAAGCAUUUGAUCUACUAUCGGUUCAACUCUGGUCCCGUCGGCAAGGGCCCCGGCUGUGGUUUCUGGGCUCCUGCCUGGCGAGUCUGGCUGUUCUUCAUGCGUGGUAUCAUUCCUCUGCUCGAGCGAUGGCUUGGAAACCUACUCUCUCGUCAAUUUGAGGGACGUCACAGCAAGGGUGUGGCCAAGACGGUGACCAAGCAGCGUGUGGAGUCUCACUUCGAUCUGGAACUGCGUGCCUCCGUUAUGGCCGAUUUGAUGGAUAUGAUGCCCGAGGGUAUCAAGCAGAACAAGGUCAACGUUGUCUUGCAGCACUUGUCUGAGGCAUGGAGAUGCUGGAAGAGUAACAUCCCCUGGAAGGUUCCUGGUCUGCCUGCGCCCAUCGAGAACAUUAUUCUUCGAUACGUGAAGAGCAAGGCCGAUUGGUGGAUUUCCGUUGCUCACUACAACCGAGAGAGAAUUCGUCGUGGUGCCACCGUGGACAAGACCGUGGCCAAGAAGAACUUGGGUCGUCUUACUCGUCUCUGGCUCAAGUCGGAGCAAGAGCGUCAACAUAACUAUCUCAAGGAUGGUCCUUAUGUUUCCUCCGAGGAAGCUGUCGCCAUUUACACAACCAUGGUGCACUGGCUGGAGUCUCGCAAGUUCUCGCCAAUUCCUUUCCCCAGCGUUUCGUACAAGCAUGACACAAAGAUUCUCAUUCUUGCUCUCGAGCGUCUGCGCGAGUCUUACUCCGUGAAGGGUCGUUUGAACCAGAGUCAGCGUGAGGAGCUUGCUCUCAUCGAACAGGCUUAUGAUUCCCCAGGAACCACCUUGGCAAGAAUCAAGCGUUUCCUCCUGACUCAGCGUGCCUUCAAGGAAGUUGGAAUUGAUAUGAACGACAAUUAUAACAAUAUCAACCCUGUCUAUGAUAUCGAGCCUAUCGAGAAGAUCACCGACGCUUAUUUGGAUCAAUAUCUCUGGUACCAGGCUGACCAGCGUCAUCUGUUCCCUGCUUGGAUCAAGCCUUCAGAUUCUGAAGUGCCGCCGCUUUUGACAUACAAGUGGACUCAGGGUAUUAACAACCUGUCCAACGUCUGGGAGACGGCUGAUGGCGAGACCAACGUCAUGAUCGAGACUGAGCUGUCCAAGGUCUAUGAAAAAAUGGAUCUCACUCUGUUGAACCGCAUGCUGCGCCUCAUCAUGGACCACAACUUGGCAGACUACAUAACCUCCAAGAACAACGUCCAGCUCAGCUACAAGGACAUGAACCACACCAACAGUUAUGGCCUGAUCCGUGGUCUUCAAUUCUCCGGCUUCGUGUUCCAGUACUAUGGCAUGAUGAUUGAUCUGCUGCUUCUCGGUUUGCAGCGUGCCAGUGAAAUGGCUGGACCGCCUGCGAGCCCCAACGAUUUCUUGCAGUUCAAGGACCGCGCCACCGAGACUCGACACCCCAUCCGUCUCUACACUCGCUACGUUGACAAGAUUUGGGUGUUCUACCGUUUCAAGGCUGACGAAUCUCGUGAUCUUAUUCAACGAUUCUUGACGGAGAACCCAGAUCCCAACUUCGAGAAUGUUAUUGGCUACAAGAACAAGAAGUGCUGGCCUCGCGAUUGCCGAAUGCGCUUGAUGCGCCACGAUGUCAACCUUGGCCGUGCUGUCUUUUGGGAUAUGAAGAACCGUCUCCCUCGAUCCAUCACCACGAUCGACUGGGAUGACACAUUUGCCAGUGUGUACAGCAAAGACAACCCGAACCUGCUCUUUUCCAUGAGUGGCUUUGAGGUUCGCAUUCUUCCCAAGAUUCGCAACCAAAACGAGGAGUUCUCCGUUAAGGAUAGUGUCUGGUCUCUGGUCGACAACUCGUCCAAGGAGCGUACCGCCCAUGCCUUCCUCCAGGUCACCGAGGAGGACAUUCAGAAGUUCAACAACCGCAUUCGACAAAUCCUCAUGUCUUCUGGAUCCACCACAUUCACGAAGAUCGCCAACAAGUGGAACACUGCGCUGAUUGCUCUUUUCACUUACUACCGUGAAGCUGCCGUGUCGACCGUCAACCUCCUCGACACCAUCGUCAAAUGCGAGACCAAGAUCCAGACUCGUGUCAAGAUUGGUUUGAACUCCAAGAUGCCCUCCCGUUUCCCUCCCGCUGUCUUCUACACUCCCAAGGAGCUUGGAGGUCUCGGUAUGAUCUCAGGAUCUCACAUCCUUAUCCCCACUAGUGACAAGCGCUGGUCCAAGCAGACCGACACUGGUAUUACCCACUUCCGAGCGGGUAUGUCUCAUGACGAGGAGACCCUGAUCCCCAACAUUUUCCGAUACAUCAUUCCCUGGGAGGCCGAGUUUAUUGACUCUCAACGUGUGUGGAUGGAAUACUCCCAGAAGCGCAUGGAGGCUCAGCAACAGAACCGCCGUCUUACCCUGGAAGAUCUUGAAGACAGCUGGGACCGCGGUCUGCCCCGUAUCAACACCCUCUUCCAGAAGGACCGCAGUACCCUCAGCUUCGACAAGGGCUUCCGUCUUCGUGCUGAGUUCAAGCAAUACCAGCUGAUGAAGAGCAAUCCCUUCUGGUGGACAAGCCAACGUCAUGAUGGUAAAUUGUGGAAUCUGAACGCUUACCGCACCGACGUCAUCCAAGCUUUGGGUGGUGUUGAAACCAUUCUAGAACACACCUUGUUCAAGGCGACAGCUUUCCCAUCUUGGGAGGGUCUCUUCUGGGAACGAGCUUCGGGCUUUGAAGGUUAG